AUGCCUUCUCAGGCCAGAAAGGCGUUGAACAAGGAGCCCGGCCUCUGGUUUGGCCAGGGUGUCAUCUUUUCUUCACGUACUGUCGCGGAAGUCGCCUACCAUGUUCUCUUCGGACCCGAAUUUGCUUCCGCCAACCCUGACGCCCUCAGUGUUAUCGGCGUCCCACGUGCCACAUCCUUCUUCAACAAUCUGCUCCGAUAUGCAGAUCUAUACUUGGCUGUCCGAGGAGACUCCCUGUUUUGGGAAACGGCACUGAACAAUUGGGACGAUGCCUCCAUCGAAAUCAGCAUCGAGAUAGCUAAGGAGAUCGAAUCUGCGUAUUCCGUCGCCCGCACGAACUAUGGCGGCCCCGCCGUGUCCAGCGAGCUUAUCACCGUCAUCGACCAAUGGAACUCGCUUAAAAUACAUGCAGCAUCCCUCCCAUUAUCUUCUCGACAGCUACAGUUGGUUGUGCGGACGGAAAACGUCCAAGACAUGGUCAACAGCCUGACCUCGAUCACCCUCGGCGGUGCUCCCGCCCCAGCACCACCAACCUGGCCUCCUGCCUAUCUCGCCCCGGACGACAUAGUUUACCUAGCUCGCGCGGGCAUUCGAGCCAGAAUCCACGGCGUUACGUCUAGCAACCCCGGUCAACCCCCAGAGAUUCCUGGCGUUCAUGCCGACCCAAUCAAGAUGCGCACCUUCCUCAGCUGGAUACUGCUCGCUUUCUACACGCCAAAUCCCGACUGGGCCCUCUUCGGGAUGCCCGUCGCCUUUCUGCACGAGGCCCUUCGGAACAAAUGGUAUUACCUGUCGGGAGGGCAGUCAAAAGUAUUUGGGAGCAUGGAUUCUUUCUUCAGAUACACCGCCAACGCCUUCUCUGCCCGUGGAAAGUCCACCGUGACUGCACUGCUCACGCCCUGGCUCAUCAAACGGGAUCAGGUGCAGAUGCUUGCACCGAGAUUUGCCUCCGGGCAGCCUGAUUACUUUUCCCUCUUCAGUACCAACCCCCUCGCCGCCAAGAUGGGGAUUGCCCUUAUCCUCCGCCGCAUUGAGCGGGGAGGGCGCGUCGGCCUCCAGACGGUAGUGUUCGACCCCUCGAUGAAUUACGAGCCCUGCAAUAGGCUCGUGAGACCCCACCACACGAGUGUCUUCCAGUUUCGUGAGGACCUCGUCGAAAAGCUUCGCACCUGGGCUGCUGGGCUCGGAGCCCCUGUGCUGGAGAUUUGGUUCGGCGGCGUCCUUCGGGGCUACCAAUACACGGAUUCGGUGACGCUUAGCUCCGUAUUUCUCGCCAACGUGGUGGAAAGCGGCUUGCUGCCUGGCCUUGGUGCCGAGGAUGAAGAAGCGUGGACUGCUCUCGGAUUCAACAGGAUGGAUUUUUAG